UGCAAAGGCCGCAGUAGCCAAUUCGAAUUGCCGCGACGAGCUUGUUGUACUUUUUGCGCUGUUGUGUUACCGCAUCCACGCAGAGCCAAUGAGCGCGCAGUUGCGCGCGCGCGCGCACACAGCAGCAGAACCCGGUGAAGCCUAAAACGAUCCGCGUGUCAUUUCGGACCCCCACCCCGCCCCGAAUCGAUUGCUCGACGCUCUUUUCCAGCAUUUUGCAAAUGCUUUUGAUCGCAGGAGUCCGGUUCCGCUCGGAGCCACGUGUUGUGCUUUGCGAGCGCUCCCUGCGGAGGACGACGCGCACGCUUUCAUAGGACUUUGCUCGGGCCCCCCUGAUUUUUGGCUUUCUGUCGUCCAAUGGCUUCCGCCGGCCUUCUUUCUAUCGUGGCGAGGUGCGAGCGCUGAGCGGCCGACGAUGACUAUGAUCUCGAUGGCAGACGCGUCGGUCCCCCCCGAUCCUUCCAAAUCGGCCUUUUUGGAAUUCAGCGGGCACGGCUACCCCGGACCCCAGCAACCCCCCGCGGGAUUAGCGCACGGUCAUUACCAGCUCCACGGUCUGCACGCCGCCGCGCAACACGACGGCCGCUUCCAGUCCUCGGCGCCGUCCUACGGCCGUCCGCUCGGGUACCCGUCCUACCACAGCCCGGUGAGCGCGCACCAACCCGGCUCGUACCUGCCCUACGCGCACGGAGGCCACGGCGGCGCGCUCAUGGCGCACGCCAGACUGGAGGAGCAAGAACACGAGAAGCCCACCGCGAUAUUAGAAAACGGAGCGCUCCGGCUCAACGGGACCGGGAAGAAGAUCCGAAAGCCUCGGACCAUUUACUCGAGUCUGCAGCUCCAGGCCCUCAACCAGCGCUUUCAGCAAACGCAGUACCUGGCUCUGCCCGAGAGGGCUGACCUGGCCGCCAAACUGGGCUUGACGCAGACGCAGGUCAAAAUAUGGUUCCAAAACAAACGAUCAAAGUACAAGAAGAUCAUGAAGAGCGGGCCUUGCGGAUCAGACGGAGAGCCCAGGGCCACCCCGCUCCAGUCUUCCACUCCUCCAUGCUCCGUAUGGGACAUGAGCAUGGCUCCUAAAGGCACACCGGUGCACUCUGGUGGAUACAUGAACAGUUUUGCCCACUGGUACCCGGGGCACCCGCAGGAUGCCGUGCCCAGGACUCAGCUGAUGUGACUGGAGGGUUUUCUUUCCAUGAAAAGAAAUGCCCCGUAAUCCGAGACAGCGUCUUCAGUGUGAGACACUGAAGCAAAAAUGAAGUGAGAGGCAGCUUAAGAACAAACAAACAAACAAACAAACAAACGGACAAACGGCACGAGGGCUUUAAAAAGUGAGGCGCUUCUGACUCCUUUUGGUCUAGCAGCUAUAAAUACUCUGAAGUAAAGUGCAGACAGGUACUGCACAUGAUUUCUUUGGUGGACGGGGUUGCUUUGAGUUGACUCGAUUUCUCGGUGUCAGCAAAACGAGUGGACUGCGAUGUGCCUGCUCGGUCACCAUGCGGCAUUCCGAAUCCGCUCGAUAUUGUGGUUGCUUCGUUGUAAAACCGGAGUUGACCAAAUGGCGGCUCGCACGCAACGCGUUAGCUAUUAUUAGCUACAGUAGAACAACCUGUUCUCACGAGCAAGCUAUUCAGACCAUAUUGACUUGGAAAAAAACGUCAAUGUCAACAUGGGAUAAACGUGGAAACUUUACCAUAACAAUGUGCACUGAAGUUAACCUUGUCGUGAAUUAUGCCAAAACGCCGAGUUUUGUGUGCCGCAUACUGUAUCCAUCAUGCUAUAGGGUACUGCGUGUUGAAAAGAAGUAGCACAUUUUGGUAAAAUGAUGCCAAUGCUGUACUGAAGCAUCCCUGAUUCUGGAAAAUUCUUUUUUUCUUUUUUAAAUAUAUAAUAAUAUAUUUUGGGGCGGGAUUAUGUGGCACGAGCACAUGUGGAAAUGGGUUCUCAAUGAAGGUUUUCGAUCGUUUGAAACUGCUUUUGGUGAAAUUUUUGAAAUGGAUCAUAUUAAAGAAGAAAAAAAAGAAAAUACAAGAAAUUGUUUGGAUUCUUUUAAAUGUUUUAAGAAGAAUUGUGCCAUUAUAAUUGAAUCGUUUUAUAAAGCUGUACAACAUAUGAUAUUGGGCACUGAAUGCCAAAAGCUUCUCAAUCCUGUGAGUCCCAUUUAAGUUAGCGCCAUUAAAAUAAGUUACGUUCAAGAUCUGUGAUUUAAACACAGAAACAGAAACACGCACAAAAGAAGCCAUGUAUGUGGAGAAUUAAUAAUAUGAAACACAAAAACAUGGGAGUUGUGUGCUGUUGUCAUUUUUCCAAUAUGUGGGCAUAUUGGUGAAAACCAACGGGCAGAUGGACACUUUAACAUGUGACAGAUCAGGGUUAAAAAAAAAUGUUUUUAUACUGUACUGCAAUAAAGUUUUGUUUGUUAGAGCUGAA